UGAUCAGAGAGAGCAGGAAGGAUUGGAAGAGCAUCUCUGUAGCAACCAUCCUUUUUUUUUUUACAUUUAUUUUAGAAAGCGAAAUAGAACAUUGUGAUCCUGUAUUUAUUAACGAAGAUAAACAAAGUUUGUUUGGUCGUCUGUAUGCGAGGGUGCGAAUCUAGCAGGUAACGUUAGCAUUAGUUUGCUAGUUAAUGUUUUUUUUCUACAGUGUGAGUAUGAAAGUCGUCACCAGCGGCCUGUGUCAGUGUCUGGAUAAUAAUCUUAGCUAACGUUGCCUGAGAUAGAGCUCUGACCCCUUCCACUCUCUCCUCUGUUUACCGGAAUGUUCCGCUCCUGGCCAUGGAACGUCCCUUUACCAACUGCCCUGCCAGAAGGAGACGCUGAGAAAAGCAACAGUUUCAGUCUGAGCUGGAUUCAAUGAGGGAGCCAGAGCGGGAGGAGCAACCUGAAGACGCCAUCAUGCCUCCCAAAUUCAAACGACACCUCAAUGAUGAAGAGGUCACGGGAUCCAUAUGCAGCGAGAGGAGGAACCUGCUGGAGGAAGACUCUGAUGAAGAGGAGGACUUCUUCCUGAGGGGACCAACUGGACCCAGAUUUGGAGCUGGAAGUGACAAAAUCAGACAAGUGCAGUCGCAGGUUGAUGAGGUCAUUGAUGUGAUGCAGGAGAACAUCUCUAAGGUGAUCGACAGGGGAGAGCGACUUGAGGACCUGCAGGACAAGUCAGAUGAAGGCCAUCAUAGCUCUGGUGGUGGUCUUUCUGCUGCUUAUCAUCAUCAUUCCAGUGAUAUUGCGGUAUCGCUAGUGUCGCCAGGAGGAGGAAGAAUAUCUCCUCUUCCUCCCAUUCUCCUGCACACAGUCCUUCACAUCAGCCAGGGGGCACCACCCAGCCUCCCAGACCCCUGCUGUGCCAGCCUGUGUGUGUGGCUCUGGGUAGAAGUUGCUCCUAACUACAGAUCUAGGAUCAGCUCACCCUCUCCCAAUGCUAACCUUGUAUUGAUUGAAAACACAAAACUGACCUAAGGUCAGUGUCUACUAGGGACCACUUCAUUCUACUCUGUGUGUCCGGGCCAAGGGUGACAUAGGUAGCAUUACGUUGGCGUUACAUAGGGGUUGGGUUUGCUUUGCAAAUGACACCUUAUUUAGGGAAAAGGUUGUCAUUUGACAUGCUGCCUGUGUCUCAGCCCCCUCAUCAAACUUAAGUAGAACUCCGUUCAAUACAUAAUACAUAUCAGCUAGUCCAGUGGUCACCAAACUUUUCUGAGUCAAGAUCUCUUUUACAGUCAGAAAGCAAGCCGAGAUCUACCACUUAGAUUUUUUUAAGUCACUUAAAAAAAAAUCUAACAUUAACUCAAUAGUUCUGUAGGAAUGAGGUUUGUGCAGUAGGCCUAAUACAUUAUCACAGCAUAUUGGCUAUAUGCCUGGACUGCCAAUAUUGUUCUUCUUAGACCAUAUUAUAUUUCAGAACUCAAGCUUUGAUAACAAAAUAGAUCCGUUGAUGUAGCACUUGCGAGGCACAGCUAGGGCUGUGGCGGUCACGACAUUUCGUCAGCCAGUAACUGUCAAGCAAAUAACUGUCGGUCUCACGGUAAUUGACCGUUAAUUAACAUAAACACAUUUAACAUCUCCUGGCUUCCACACACAGCCUACAAGCCAUUUAAAAUGUCUAAUAAAUCCAUGUAAUAUAGCCUACACCUUCACAAUAAAUCCAUUAUUUAUUUUAGACCGAUCUUAAGAAGCAUGAUAUGAAGAAAAUGUAUUCUAUUUCAGAAUCAAAUAAUAGCAUACUCCUGAUGUGUCUAUGCCAAAUGGCUGUUGGCUACGCUAGUUCAUUUAGCAGACAAGAUUCGCUUAUAAUUCUGUGGUGUUAUAUUAUUUUAUAGUAUGAAGAAUACAAUUUAACAAAACUGAAUAAAAUUAUAAAUAUUUUCUCAAAGAUUUGAGGGAGUGCGCACAUGUGGCUAUUCCAUGUUGAGCGGUUAACAAAGAAACAGGUCCUCCUAUAUGUUUAAUUUAGUUAUUAAUGUAACUUGUUCUACAAACAUUGGGCUGGCUAUAUGUUUAGAUUUUUAAUACAUUGUAAGGCUGCAUGAUGCAACUUUAAAGCUCUGCUUUGUUUUUUUGCGCAGGCUGAACACAGUCUCUCAUUCACAAUUUGACAAGCAAUUUGACAAUGCCUAGAAGUUCAUGGCGGCAUCCCCUUUGUGGCCUAAUGCACCCUAUAAAAAUCCAUGCCUUUUGCGGCCCGGAGUGCUGCAUUGUGCCCUUCUCCCUGAGUGUGCUGCGCAAUCCGAAGCGUCUCUCACUCUCACACGGCUCUAACACAUCAGGGACGCAGUUGUGCGUGUCCUUAUCUAAUUACGAAGUGCAUAUUGAAGAUAUUGGAAGAACUGUCCACAUUUACUUUUCGUCAGCCAACAAGAUGAGUAGGCCUAACGAACAGCAAAAGCACUAGCCUAUAUCAAUCUACUAUCCCCCAUAGUACAAAAGUCGACCUAUUCUAUUCUGUGCGAGAAAUAAAUAUUCCAACCAGUCUGGGACAGUUGUGGGAUGCGAUAGAUCCCAAAUUAAUUCAACCACUAGCAUCAAAAAACAUGUUCUAUGCAAUGAGGCUGACGCAACAGAUCAGAACGUUUAGCUUAAAAUGUUGAUAAACUAUUAGGCUAUUUCUUCACAUUAUAACCACAGGAAUGUGCACAUGGUAGUAGGCAAUAAGCGCAAAUGUUCCAUUAGCGGAAAACAACAUUAUCAAAAGUGACUGCAAAUGCAAAUAUGCAUGUAAUGCUUUUAUUAUAAAGGUGCAUUUUAAUGGUGAAAAUUAUCUUCCCCAAACUGGAAACUCACGCGCUGCUUAUUUAUGCCAGUUAGGCUCUACACCCCUUGUAAAGGUGAUUUAUGUGUUUCAUUUUAUUAAGUUAUUAAUUUUACUAAAGUUAUUUGGACACUUUAGUUGUGAUACAAACCUUAUUAAAACAUAUAGGCCUAUGGGCUAGGCUACAUGAGGUGUGCGAAUAUGAUUCGAACAAGUCGCAAAAAAAAUGUAAUUGUUUCUUAUGCUGGGCAUCAUUCACAAGUGAUAAUAUAUAAUUCACACGUGAUAAGCUAAUAUUGUCACCCAUCAGACGAUUCUUGAUUUAGUCUUGUCUUUACAUAUACUAAAUAAUAUAUGUGACAUUUGUUUUGAUUUAGAAUGGACCAUUAUCAUGCACCUGUAUUGAAACGGGGGCAGUAGGGAAAAAUACGUCAUCUCACGCAACUGCAUUGCCUAUAGAAAUGUUGCGCAACAUGAGCUCAUGGGCUCUCAUGAAAUUUUUGAUUAGAUCUUCGAAUAUAUUUGCAUUGAUGUCAGAGUGAUUAGAGGGACAACAGAGUGCUGAGUACCAGGCAGUUAGCAAGUUUAGUAGGCUACUAAUGACCAUCAGCAGCAUCAGAGCUUGGAGAAGCCUAAUCACUGUGACUAAAUGAUCACGUGGAAUUUGACUGCUUUCAUCACUCGUGACCGCUGGUGUGGCGGUAAUACAGUCACCGCAACAGCCCUAGGCACAGCUGAGCAUAUAUUUUAGAAUGUGCUUUAUUAUUUUACUGGAGGUAUGGUACCUGCGUCUGAUGGUUAUGGUGCUUUCAAGACAACUGGGAACUCGGAAAAAUCGAGGUCAAAUCAUGACAUCAGUGAAGAUGCCGGAGUUACCGAGUUGGAUUACCAUUCAAAACGAUUUUCCCCAGUUGGAUCUCGGUUUUUUCCGAGUUCUGACUUCAGUGCGUUCAAGACAACUGGGAAGUCUGAGAUUUCAGUUCUUUUGGAAAAAAAAUGGUAUUAGUCUCAAGGGAUGGAGAGCAGCAGCCUCUCACGGUCCUCGCUCUUUCCUUUCCUCAGGCGAGACUGACCAGAGAGAGGGUACAUAAUCUUUCAACUGACGGCGAAACUCAAGUCGCACCGCAUCUGCUUCAGGCACAAAUUCUUUGUUGUUUCUAUGACCAAAGAAAGUUAAAUACUCCUCGAUAUUAAAAUAUACACAUCGAGCUGCUAAUAAUAAUAAAACGCAGGGCUAUCGAUACACUUGGCUACUCAUUCAUAGCAGCUGCAGCGUGAGUGGAAGAGGAGAAUAACAUUUAGACAUGAAUUACUCAUAAAAACAGCAGGUCUUUGCUGUGUUCUUUGACAGUCUCUCUCUGGUCAUGGUUUUAAAAGUUAUGAAAUCUAGGGCCUCUUGAGUAACGCAGCGGUCUGUGGCUCAGUUGGUAGAGCAUGGUGUUUGCAAUGCCAGCAUGGUGUUUGCAACGCCAGGGUUGUGGGUUCGAUUCCCACGGGGGCCAGUACGAAAGAAAAAAAAUGUAUGAAAUGAAAAUGUAUGCAUUCACUACUGUAAGUUGCUCUGGAUAAGAGCGUCUGCUAAAUGACUAAAAUGUAAAUGUACUAGAGGCGUCACUACAGACCCGGGUUCGAUCACAACCGGCUGUGAUUGGGAGUCACACAGUGCGGCGCACAAUUGGCCCAGCGUCAUCCUGGUUAGGGAAGGGUUUGACUGGGAGGCGCUUUACUUGGCUCUAGGGACUCCUUGUGGCAGGCCGGGUGCCUGCAGGCUGACCUCAGUCAUCAGGUGAACUGUGUUUCCUCCGACACAUUGGUGCGGCUGGCUUUCGGGUUAAGCGGGCGGGUGUCAAAAAGUGUGGUUUGGCGGGUCAUGUUUUGGAGGACGCAUGACUGGACCUUCGCCUCCCGAGCCCGUUGGGGAGUUGCAGCGAUGAGACAAGAUCGAAAUUGGGGAGAAGAAAGGGGGUAAAAUGCACACAAAAAAAAGGUAUGCUGUGGGUGGGGUUGUGAAAGCUGUAGGUAGGCACGGUGAUUUGAGCUAUCUGAUUGGCCAGCACAGUAGGCACGCUCUGUUUAACCACAUAUCUCCCGGCAGAGUUUGUAUUUUCAGACAAAUGAAAUGGUUCAAACUGGGAAUACUUUGCCUACCCGUACAGGGCUUCUGUAUGAUGAAGAUGUAGUAGUAUUAUUAUAGUCAGACGUAUUAUUGUUAGUCAGACUUUUAGUCAAUCUGUCUGCAAUAGUCUAUCAACAGCUUAGAAACAUGUUAUACAGGACUUGUAGCACACCAAAAUAUUUGAAGAUAAAGAAAGUAACCCUCACUACCACCCCCUCAUCUCUUCUCACAUGUUUAAAAUGCUUUCAAGCCAGAACUGAAAAUGAGGCAAUGGAUGUACCUCAAUACUCUACAGAGGCCUCCUUUACUUGUCUCCUGCUUUCCUUUUCUACACCCAGCUUGAUCCGACACUAGUAGGAUAGGUUCUAGCCAGUGAGAGGAAGUCACUGUUGAGUAUUGAACUAGGCUUGGGCGGUAUCCAGAUUAUCAUACCUUCAUACAAACCUUGUGCCAUACCAGGAUAUUCAGUAAUACCGGCACACAAGGAGCGCUAUUUUCAAAACCAACUCUGCCUCUGUAAUCCGAAGGUUAGCAAUGCUAACAAGUUCAUGUAAAAAUCCAUAUAGAAUGCCAACUAAAUACUAAAGUUAUACAAGUAACUAAAAAAUGCUAGUCACAGUUUGUUGCACGCACAAAACAAAUCUUAGCAAGGAUCUUGAUCCGGGAAGGGAUUUUCUGCUGUUACCAAGCAAAGCUUUAUUUUAGAAGAAGUUAACCACUUAGCUAACUCACUAAGUAGCUACUAAAUUAGCAAACCAAAGCAUUUGCCACAUUUUAGACCGUUAAUAGUAUCUCGCUGGCAAACAUCUAGUUGUAAAUUCCAUACUGUAACUAGAUCAUGUGGCUUGUGCUGAACAACAGUGAGCGACUCACAAGGCUCUGGUCUCUCCUCAUUGUGUGCUUGUAAACAAACACCAUGUGGCUGGGGACUACCGAAAAGCUUCAUAAUGAAAUGUAUUAUGUGACAGGUGAAAUGAAGAUCACAUUUGUCUUUAUCUCCUAACGUAUUGCACAAGUUGACUUGAGGGAUUUACUUAAAAAGUAGCUACAGAUAUUCACAUUUAUAAAAAAAAACUUGAUAGAAAUAGUAUUGACAGUAUUGAAAAACCAUCCUGUGGCUAAUUCCAAAUAACACAUUAUACGCUAUACCAAGCCUGAUUGGGACAGUGUGUCCUACUGACCUAGUAGGGCACACUAGGUCAUAAAUGCAGAAGACACAUUUUGGUUGAAUGCAUUGAGUUGUGCAACUGACUAGGUAUCCCCUUUCCCUGUGGUACUGCUUGGCCACUUGAUCUAAUUUCCCAUUGGUAAUGCUAGGUUAGUUGUCUAUCUCUAGAUGGUUGAAUUCUAUUGUGUAUGAUGUAUUUUUUCUGUGAUAUUGAGUUCUGCUGGAAGGUCAACAUGAAGCUUAUGAAUGUCUGCUGCUAUUCCCAUUAACCCUGAGGAGCUAAAGGACAGACACUGUUCAUUUGACUGCAUCUGCUGGAGGUCAUAGCUGUCGUGUGUGUGUGUGUGUGUGUGUGUGUGUGAGAGAGAGAUUUGGGUGACCCAUACAUUCUGAGGGGGUGGGACUUGGGUGGCAUAAUUUGUUUUAAUUUGAAUGGUAUUAGUUUGUAUUGUUAUGAUGUGUCUGGAAGAGUGCUGGUUAAUGAGUUACAAUGACUCUAUGGGCUGUGAAACACACAGACUGGGGUGUAACACUGCCUAGUGUGAUGACAACACAGCGUCUUGCAUAUCUGUACAAUACAAUAACCUCUACAUCUUCAUUCCUUUUGUUUUUUUAGGUAAUUUAUUUGAGGUGUAAAUAUUGAUCUGUAAUGAUGUACUAUACUCUGGCAUUGACAAACUGUGAACUACUGGAACUACUGUAAUGUUUCUCUGAGCUAAUAAAAUGAUUUUAAAGGA